AACGGUUUCAAUUCACUUGGAUUGAUUGAUUUAUUUUGAAUUUAUUUCUCAAAAUUGAAAAUGUCCAGCAAUUUUUACUUUCAUAAAUGGAAAGACACUUUGAGAGACCUGGAAGAGCUAGUAGAAAAAGAUGUUUUUUAUCAAGAAUCAAAAGUUCAUGAUCAGAAGUUGCCUCAAGCAGUGCACAGGUCGUCUUCUUUCCUGGGACAGUACAUCAUGAUGUACAAUCAAAUGAUUGAAUGCUGUCAGCAGAACCUACAAGUACAAAAGACAGCGUGGUUGGAUAGCAUUUUGAACGCUGUAAUUUUAAGAAUAAUAGAACUGAAAAAGCACUUAGAGAAGUUAGAAGGCAGUCGCUUCCAAUUUCUUGGUUACGGCUUGAUCGAAGUACAUCACACAGUUUAUGAUAUAGGAAUGACUAAAAUACCAAAACGGUUAACAAGACCAGCACACAUACAGGCUAAACUUGAAGAUAUAUUCGCAGCAGUAAAAGAAAAAAGGAUGAUGGCACAAAUAGAGGAAGAAGCGGCGGAGACUGCAGAAACAGAGAAACCAGUAGAGUGGUGGGACGCAGAAGCAAAUGGGGAAACCACAAGCAAUAAAGAAUCAAGCAAAAAAGAUAACAUACCAGAGGCACUACAGAUGACGAGAAAAUAUGUAGCUUUGAUAAUGGCACAUGAGAAAACUAGACAAGUAAUAACAUGGGAUAAACAUCGAAAGCUAACAAGAGAAAUGUGGGAAAAAGACCUAAUGGGAGAACUGAAACCAAAAGCUAGACCCGAAAUCAGAAAGAGAAGUGCUAAUCUCAUCCACACAGUAUUCAGAGUGUAUUUCAAAUUGAAAAGGGAACGCAUUGAGAGAUGCAAACGGGAUGAAUUACUUGGAUUGAAUUUAUGUGAUGCUCCUAUUUUUGGUGUCCAACAAGAACAAGCAGAAGUGAUGUUAAAAAAUCGCUCGAAGUUGUAUGAAAAGCAUGAAAAGAAACAUCUAGAACAUCGAAAUAAACUAAAAGAUGAAUAUAUGAAAAAUAAAAAAGCUGUUGUAUGCGAAGAACUUCGUGAUCAAAUCAGAGAAUGGUUUAUAGAAUGGUUUGAAUCUGUUCAGUUCUUCUACGACAUACCUAAAGAAGGAUCUGUUGCUAUCUUCAAAGGUGAAAUUCCCGAUCCUCUCGACUGGCUUAAAGAAAACACAGCUCUUGCACUAAAAAAAGAAGCUGACAAAAAGAAAAGUCCUCAGGAUCUAAAAUUUCAAAAACUGGAAGCAAAGAAACUGGCAAUGCUACAGAAAAGGGAAGAACAAAUGAACAUGAAAGCAGAAGCGCUAUUACUGAAGAAAAUGAUGAAAAACCCGACAAUGCAUCCAGGCUAUACAUACCCGCCUUCGAAAUAUACUGGUGACAUCGUAAAGGCUAUAGACUACUAUCACAAAUCCUGGGAUAAGUUUGACGUAUAUGAAACUAUGGACGUAAAAGAAAAACAUGUUGACAAAAUCAAUUUAAAUGAUGCAAUAAUGCAAGUACAGCUUGAGGUAUUGCCUGAAGUUGACGAGGAAAUGAGGCAAGAGCUUCGCAAACUAAAACAGGCUUUGAAAAAUGACUACAAAACGAAUGAAGAGGAAAUGCCGGUUAAUUUAACGAAGCGUCCUAAAAGAAAAAGAGUAAAGAAAGCACCUAAAUCAAAAUUUGAUGACAAAGUAGUCGACAUGAUUGAGAAUCUCAUAGAACAAGGUUUCAUACUAGAAUACCCUAAACAGAAACUGGAAGAUUUUAUAGGAGACCCCAACUUUGGAGGAGAGGAUCUACGUGCACAAACUUUACCUGCAUCACCAUUCCACUUUGAAAUACGGCAGUACUGGUGGGAGAGAUGUCGCGAUGUGUCUUGUGGCUUUCGCAGGAUGUUGCUAGUUGGACCUGACUGCAGCGGAAGAACUAACUUGAUCUAUGCUCUUGCUUCUGUAAAUGACGCAGUGCUGUUUGAGCUAGACCCAUACAAUGUGCAAGGAGCCUUAGAAUCGGCUCAAUUUCUGAAACGUUUAGUGAAGAUGGUGGUUACUUGUGCCAGAGCGUUGCAGCCUUCGGUAAUACGUAUCAAACAUGUGGAGAAACUGUUUUAUUCUAAGAUACCACCAGAGGAAGCAGAAAUGAACUUGAAAAUCAUAAGAUCCUACUUUGUUACAAAGUUAUUCAAAACUAUCAAUAAGGCUGACAACAUUACUGUUAUUGCAACUUGUACAGAACCGUGGUUAGCGACAGCCAGCGCGCUUUUGAAGCAGUUUCCAGAAGUAUUGCUCUUGCCUAACAGUGGAUACUCUUUAGUUGUGCAGGUGCUGAAGGAAUGGGUUUACAGGAACAAAGUGAUUCCUGCAGAUUUAAACGUGUCUAACUUAGCGCGCGCCCUACAAGGGUACAGCUUCGGAUACUUGCAAGAUGCUCUGGAUAAAUUCAUGUCGGCUGACAGGAUCGUCAAAAUAGCUACUUAUGGGCUUAGCCCAAUGGAAGUGUACGAUUAUUUUUUGGAAGAUACAACGCAGACCACAGUUGAGUACGACAAAUACCUGAGCUGGUACAACGAGAAAACAGCUCAGGGUAUAAAAGAGGUGAAAUAUUUGGAAGACCAGAGAGAGUUCAAUGCUGCCUUCGAGAAAUAUGUAACCAAGAAGCAGAAAAAGAAGAAGGCUAAAUCAGCUCCCAGCAGUGCUACUCCUAGUUUCACCGGCCUUUAAAUAAAUU